AUGGCCUCGUCGGGCCAGUUGUCGCCAGAGAUGGCGGCCGAGAACAAAGGCCCUGGGAUCCUGGCUGCGUGCUACACUGUCGAGGCCAUCGCCAGCUUCUUCGUUGCUGCCCGCCUGUUUGUGCGCGGCCGGAUGAUGGGCAAGUGGCAGCUCGACGACUGGCUUAUAAUUGUCUCUAUGCUAUUCGGCUGGAUCGCCGUCGCCUUCACAACUGCUGCCGUCGCCACCGGGAGUGGUAAGCACUUCGAGGUGCUGACGGAGAGCCAACAUUCUAAAGCAGUAUUUUGGACCGUCAUGGGCUUCGGCCCUGGUGUCAUGUCGUUCGGCAUACCGAAGCUCGCUGUCGUCGCCUUUCUUACACAUAUAAUGAACCCGAGCAGGAUCCACCGUAUUGUCAUGUGGGGGAUGGCAUCGCUAUGCGUUUUUAACUUGUUCCUUUGUGUUGUCUUUCAUUUUGCCCAAUGCACACCGGCAGCGUCGCAAUGGGACUUCUCACUCGAGAGAAAGUGUUGGAGUCCAUGGAUCUUGAUAUGGUGGGCCACGUGGUCUGGCUAUUUCUCUGCUUUCCUCGAUUUAUACCUGGCCGUGUACCCGUCGAUCGUUCUUUACAAGCUCCAGAUGAACCGCAAGAAGAAGGUCGCCCUUUGCGGUGCCCUGGGGAUCGGUUCAAUAGCCACCGUCGUCGCGGUAUACAAAACAACUAGACUACCCUCAUUAGCAAGCGGGGACUUCACCUAUUCAACAUCCGACCUCGUCGUCUUCACCAUCGCCGAGGGCGGCACCAUCAUAAUAGCAGCCUGCAUCCCGGUCCUGCAGCCCCUCCUCGAGAUGCUCACAGGCAAGCGCGGCUGGAUGAGCAGCGACAGGACGUCCGGAGGCCGGCCCUACCACCAGCAGCAGUACGGCGGCCGCGGCGGCCAGAGCUACAUGGCGGAGAAGUCGGUGCGGUCCGACUUCGAGCCGCGGCGCAAGCAGCGGCGCCUGGACGACGACGACGACGACGACCUCCUCAUGACGAGCUUGGAGAUCGAGAGGGCCCAGGGGAAGGACGGGUUCUGGACGGCGGGCCAGCCGCCCGUGCCGCGGAGGGCGGCCCUGCCGAGCACGCCCUCGCGGGCGUCCUCGAGGACGAGCAUCCGGGCCCAUCCGAAGGCGGCGUGUCCUGCACGUGGAAUUUUCAGCCGGCCUCGCAGGAGUGAGGAUACGACGGCUAUCCCGCCGGUCAUCACGAAGACGCACAGUAUCAGGGUCGAGUAUGAGCCCUACACGGGCAAGUCAGGGUCGUGGCCUCUUCCACAGGAUUCGUUUCCGAUUGGCGAUGAUGCAGGCCGUGAUGGUUCAUAG